AUGAAGUAUUCCGCUGUCGCUGCUAUCGUCUCUUCGGCGGUUGCCGUUUCUGCCUCUCCCGUUGAAAAGCGUGCCAUUGGAGGUGUCUUGCUUUGCACCGGCGCCAACUCCACCGGCACUUGCAAGUAUUCUGUGUACGAGCUCAACAAGUGCCAUCAACUCACGGAGCCAUUUUACCAGAACACCAAUACCUUUGCCGUCGAUGGUGAAAAUUUCUACUGCUUCCCCAAGCUCGUCAACUGCACCGACAUCUGUACGAGCCCUACUGGCUGCACAUUUGGAGCCGUCGACUACAGUUACGAACACAAGUACAACCUGAGCGCCAUUUCUUGGGACAAGUACAUUACCAGUUUUCAGUGCGGCAUGAAGCAGGACCCGCAAACAAAUAACAACGGCUCCUCGUCCAAGCGGUUCCUGUCAUGA